CAGGCCCGUUUACACGGUAAUCAAUUUUGGCACGGCACUCCAAAUUUUAGGUACGCGAACCUGUUUUCUUGAGUGCGGCUCUCCAAAUUUUUCUCGUGUAAACGGAUAGCAGGCCUAAAAUUUAAGGACCGGGUGCCUUGAAAUUUUAGCGUGCCGGGACCUCCAAAAGAGGUAGUCUCGGCCCGUCAAAAAAGCGGCACCGUGCCGAGUUUUUAGCUAUAUCAGCAAAAUGAGCAAUAAUAAGCGCGAAAAGGAAAUGGCGGGAAUUAAAAUAAACAAAGAUGGCGGCGACACCAAAAUGCAUGAAAUGGAGUGAUGAAAAAACAAGAAGUCUAAUAACUCUUUGGUGCGACGAAAAUAUACAAAUUGCAUUGGGUAAUUCAAAAGGAUCCAAAGAUAAAAGCAAGGUUUACAAGUCCUUAUUGGAGCAAUUACAAGAAAGAGGCUAUGAAGAUAUUACACUAAAAGAAGUAAUUAAUAAAAUUAAGAAAUUGAAGCAAAAAUAUAAAAGUGAAAAAGACAAUGCUAAGAAGAGUGGGAAUGGGAGAAAAAAGCCAUGGAAAUACUUUCAAGAGUUGGAUAGAUUUUUAUCCCAAAGACCUAAUGUGACUCCAGUGGUUUUACUUGACAUCAUGGCUGAGGCUGAUAGUCAAAAAAAUAGUCAGUCGGACAUGUUGAGAGAUGAUGUUGAUGAUGAAAAUGAUGACAUCAUUAAUGGUAUUAUUUUGAAAUGAAAUGUUUUCACAUUUUGCUUAAUGAUGAUAAUAUGAUCUUGUCACAAAACAUUUUUUGCUUUUAAUCUUAAAGAUUUGUCAGUAAGUAUGGUAGAGGUGAUAAAUCCAUCAAAAAAUGCCAGACAUAUGAUUAUGAAAAAGUUAUAUAUAGUGAUGGAGCACACAUAACAGAGAAUGGAUGUAUGAUGGUAUACUGUGAAGAAGAACGAUUCUCUUGCCCAAAUUGUGACAGUUCAAAUGAAACAGGUAAUAUUUGUAUGGAAGACAAUUUCUGUUUGUUAUUUCAUCAAAGCAAGAUAUGUGCUCCAGCUAUCUAGUAAUUGUUUUUAAAAUUAAUUAAACUUUAGUUAAUGUGGAAGUAAAUCAACAGACUGUAGCUGAGAAUCGAGCUAUUGAAUAUGAUAAAGGGAAUGACAAACCAAAGCCAGACUUAGGAGAAAAGAGUCUUGGAAACACUUACAAA